CACACUUGUCGAUUAUCGACGCAAAACGUAAAAGCGGCGGCCGACAUGGCGUUGGACCAAGUGCAGCGGGACUGCCAAUAACUGCGCGUCGAGAAAUCAGCGUUUCAAGGAUAUCACGGAACAAUUGAUGGAGACGAAGUUAAAGCUUAUUUUUCCGACGUUAGCUAUAUAAUUACCGCUUAUCAAAGUCUCACAGGAAAUUAUUUUCUCGUUCGAACGUCUAAUUACGUCCGGGGCAGGCUUUCUCGCGGCUCACGCGGCGUGGGCAGGAGGGGCGCGGCGAAGGCAGCGAGCUCCUCUAUUCACAGGCGCACACAAAGGAGGAAGACUCUGCGAGACACCCCAAGGUGCGUGUGCGUGCCGCUCGCUCGCGGAGGUUCCCAGGGCAUCUUGGCAUCUGGCGAUCGGGGGUGGGCGAGCAGCUGCAGCUGCCGCCGCCGCCGUCGCGGCGGUGGGGGCGACGCCAUAUAAGCCGCCGCGCCGUCGCCGAGCCGGCACAGAAGCGCUUCGAGCGUUCCACGCUACGCACUCGCUCGUCGCCGCCGCCGCCGCCGCCGCUCUUUCAGUCGUCGCGAUCGAUAGAUUGCCAGCUACGCCGAGACAACAUGCAGAUCAGCAAGGCCAUCGCCAAGUCCGGCAAGAAAAUCAUCAAGGCGAUCAAGAAGCUGUCGCCACACGCCCGCCUGGCCAAGAAGCUCGAGUACGCGUCCAGAAUGGCACGCAAGGACGAGCAGCUGUCCGUGUCCUGGUGGUCGCUCGACAAGGCCAAGGGCCCCGACGACGGCCUCGUGGUCUAUGCCGAGUGCGGCUGCUGCUGCUGCUGCCGCCAGUUCGGCGACGACGAGGGCCUCGAGAACGACAACCUGCGCAACGAGAACAUCGAGAACGAGAUGCUCAGGUGUUGAGACGCAAGUGCCCGGGCGUGUCUGUGAAAACAAGCGCAUUGUGAUAUGGACGCAGUUUCUCCAGUGAUCUCCGAGCAGCGGGAACGCGCGAGUCGUUGCUUCCGACUCCUCCUCCUGACUCGCCGUCGUGAUCGAUUGUCUUCCGUUAGUUUUAUUAUGUCUAAGGCGUCGAGACGCUCAAUCCUCCAAGCUGUCCUCUGGCUCGCGGCAGUGCAGAACGCCGACAGCACGGGCGAUUACGUUCGGUUUAAGUGCGUCGAGGCAUGUGAUGAUCUCCGUAGAGUUAAUUAACUCGGUCGCCAGCGGCGACACGCGCAAGACGGUUUGGCGUGUAGCAGCGCGCCAAACGCUUAGCACUUAAGCUUUCGCGUGGCGACGGCAUUCCUCUUGGUUUCUUCCAGUUUCUUCUGUAUACGUCGACCAUCGACGAACGAGAAGUGCACGCGCCUCUCGCCGCCGCCGCGCUGCAACUGUGAUAUUCUAGAUUUAACGCUAGCAAUAAGCCAUGCAACCACCAGCAUUUGUCAUUGAUUGAUAAUAAACGAGAUAUAUUUUAA